AUGCUUUCUUUUUCUCGCAAACGUCAGUUAGCACAGAAGGGUGAACCGUAUGGACAAGUUAAGCGACAUGGACCAAAAUAUCCGUACAAACUCAACUUUUACACUUAUCCACCCCUCGAGAAUAUCACGAUCGAAGAAUUCGAAACCUUUGCUUUGGAUAGGUUGCAAGUGCUAAAAGCUAUUGAAGGUGCAACACUUCGUGAGAAAUCGGAGGAACAGGUCGUUAAAAGUGUGAAUGAAGUAGCAGACAAAUAUAUGCCUUUACACUCAAACGACGCCGAGAAGGAUUCCAUGUGGGAUGAACUAAGUUUAUUUGCAAGGGAUCCCGAGGAAACAUUCUAUGUGGUCGAUUUCGAAAAAGUCACAGAGCUUAUCUCACGACGUGCGGUAUACCUAAAGGGGGGUAAGGCCUAUGUUCCAACAUUCGAACAAGUUACCCUUGCCUUGAACGAAUUUCGUAAAAAACUUGAAGCCGCACUCAUCUUGGCUAGUAAAGCAUUUCCGAAUUUAGAUGACGAACGCAUAAUGCCACUUUUGAAUAAUAUAAACAAGCAGUAUUUCGGUAAAACUUUCACCGGAAAUAGUACCGUCGCUGGAAAAGUAACGGCCGACGAUGUGGAUAAUUUGGUUGAACAUUUUCCACUGUGCAUGCAACAUUUACACAAUAGUCUUCGUGCCAGCAAACAUCUAAAACAUUACGGUAGAAGGCAAUAUAACUUGUUCCUCAAGGUUCUAGAUCCAUAUUUUGUAACCUCAAGUUUCAAUGAGGAAAAUUUAAGAGUCAUCGUGACCGAUAACGGGAGAAGGAAUUUAGACCAGUUCAAUGACAUCAUUUCGCUGGUGAGAGAAAAGCAUUACCAGGUUGCUUGUACCAAAUACUUUGAGAUCACCAGGAAUUUGGAGGAAAAUAGCGACAAUAAGAAACCUAUUGAAACUAUCUCUCAUCCAAAUCAGUAUUUUGAGAAUAGUGUUAAACUUGCUAAAGGCAGUGCCGACACUGGUAAAAUUGUCAAUAAAUAA